UGGUCCCUAAAUUUGAUCUCAGCUCCAAUCUAACGAAAGAUUCCUUACCAUCUUCUAAAUUCUAACCUAAAAGCUAAAUCCCUCUUCACAUAAUAAUAUCCAGAAAAGAAUAAUUUAGAUCCUGAGAAUGGGAAACGCUCUAAGAUUCUUGUAUGGUAAUUGCUGCAAACCUUCAGCAGACUCUGAUUCCCUCGGCCAUCAUCCCGGCGUUUCUGCUUUAGCGCACGAUCUCUACAACUUUGAAAUCACCUCCCAGGUUCCUCAAGGACUGAGUAAGCAUGUUGUAUCAUCCAAGAAGGCGCAAGCUAACUGGUAUAAGAAACUUUCAGAUGCAUGGAGAGAAACAAAGCCUCCCCCUAAAACACCCGAAGAAGCUUCAAGGCUUGUCAUUCAGACCUUGAAGAGGCAUCAGAAAGCAGAUGUUGAGGGGCUACUGGCUUUCUAUGGUCUACCUCAUCCUCACACCCUAGUAGAACUAACUAGUGAUGGCGCUCCUCCAUCACACCAACAAGGACUCAAGUUUGAAUUGCACACUCUCCCUGUGGAUGCGAAGGCUGUGGCAGACGGAGAUACAGUAACUGUAUAUGUUAGUACAACAGAUCCUAGAGAGUCAUCGUGUCUCCCAAGAGAAGUGCAAGCUGCGGCUAUUCAAAGAUCAAAAGCACGAGCUCAGAAGAAUUAUGCAAAAGCAGAUCAACUGCACAAACAGAUCAUUGAUUCAGGAUACAGGGCUAUACCAGUGAACCAUGAGGAAAUUCUCGCUCGAAAAUAUAGGAUCAGAUUAAGGGGGAUAGAUGCACCAGAAAGUGCAAUGCCAUAUGGUAAAGAGGCCAAGGAAGAACUGACUAAAGUUCUCCAGGGUAAGAGUCUAAGGGUCUUAGUUUUUGAUGAGGAUCGUUAUGGCCGCUGUGUAGGGGAUAUAUACUGCAAUGGCAUAUUUGCACAGGAAGUGAUGUUGAAGAAGGGCUUGGCUUGGCACUAUAACGCGUAUGACAAGCGUCCAGAGUUAGAAAAGUGGGAGAAAGAAGCUCGAGCAAAACGAAUUGGCUUGUGGGCAGCCAGAAAUCCUGAAAUGCCAUGGGAGUGGAGGAAACAGAAACGUGAAAACCAACGCUCAUAAAAUAACAACUAAUUCAACAGAGCUAUGGUUUUCUUGAAAAAUAAUUGCCCUAACACAUUGUAGGCAUAAGCGUAACAGUAACGCUAUAUUCAAUUGUCAAAUUGUGUUGAUAUAGAUGAGGUGCAGUGAAGAAGCCACAUCUAUUAAUUUAAAUCCAUGGAAGCCAAACUUAGUGUGUAAUUGUGCAUUCCUUGUUGUAUAUGUAUAUUUCUUUCUCGGGUGCUUCUAUGUCUAUCACCAUCGAAACGUUUUCCUCUUCCA